AUGGCUGACGCGCUGUCCGUGGUAGGAGUUGGCCUCAGCGCUGUCUCCCUGGUUCUGCAAAUCACCGAUGAGUGCAUCAAAGGGUACAAGUACAUUACGGAAGCGGCCAAUAUGCCGGAGGCAUAUCGAUAUUUACGAGUCCGGCUUCAGAUGGAGCAGCAGCGGUUCCUGAGUUUUGCCAUGACGGCAGGACUUUUGUCGAGCGAAAGCAGAUUAUACACUACGCUGCAAGUCAAUCAACAGCUGUUGAAGGGGGUUUUAAUUGAGAUUAAUACGCUCUUUCAGAAGUUUGAAAUGGCAAAUGGAAAGUAUGUGGCCACGACACAUUGGAAUGAGCACCAUGGUAUUUGGGAAGCAGAACCCCAGACAAAUUUGAUGGACAUGAUAUGCCGCACCGGAGAUUCAAUAUCUCGCAGCAGCGCGGGAGGUACAUAUGCCGUCUCAAAGGAGUCUCCUUCUCGUCCCAGGAGCUUCACAACGAUCCGUGGCCGCGCGGUCAACAAGGUAAAAAAGCUACGCACUGUUCUCGUGGAACCCAAACGAUUUGUCUGGGCCUCGUCCGAUCGUGGUACGUUUGAGGAGCUCAUCAAGAAGUUGGCGGAGCUUAACUCGUUUCUCAUAACACUGCUCGAUAGUGCAAGCGCAGCGGAUUUGGAGAGGACCAUGGAUUCGAGCUACUUGGAGAUUAUGCAAGUCCGAGACGACAUUGCCAGCCUGAAGAAUUUGGUUCAGGCAUUAACACCUCACAAGCCAAAUGCUGAAAGGGGCUGGGUUAAGCCCUUUUCUGCUAGUUCUGCGAAUGGAGAGUGUCACCGCGGGUCAAUGCAAAUGCAAAAUCCCCUUGAUCAAGCGAGGAGAGAGUAUUUGAAGAAGCUGACAAGCAUCAAAAUCCAGUGCAUAACUGUUGACCAGCCAGAAAAGGCAGCUACGCCUUCUCUUACUAAUGGACUGGAUCGCGACAUGUUUGAUUUCCCGCAAGGUCCAGGUCCACUGAACAUACAUUGUGCAUUCGGGCCCCAACACGAGAGCAGUCGACAAGUUCGGGGGCCGAGUAGAGACCUACAAUACUGGAAUGGGCACCAUAUCUGGGUCGAGUGGUUAACCUUCUCGCCCUAUGAGCAAAAAAGGAAGAAAGCUAGAGACCAGGCAAAAGCCAGGUCUCUUCUGCUAGCUGAGCUUCUCCGACAGGAGCUCCCGACAGAGUUUCGAAGUCCACCCUGCCUUGGAUACGUCAAGGCAAUUGAACAGGAGGACGACACAAAAUUCGGCCUCGUAUUCAAAGUCCCGCUGGAGGCUGAAUCCAUAGUGCCUCCGCGCUUAUCCACUCUUCGACAAUUACUAGGUACGCGGCCAAAACCUUCUCUCAGUUCCAGGAUAUCUCUAUGCUCUGUACUCGCCGAAGGCAUCCACAGCUUUCACGCUGUAGACUGGCUACAUAAGGGCCUGCGCAGCGAGAAUAUCCUCAUUUUUGGGGCCGAUCCGGUUCGGAACCAAGAACAGCUCGUACAGCCGUACAUCACAGGCUUUGAGCUUUCUAGACCGAAUGACGAGCCUGAGAUGACGGAGAAGGCAGCUUUUGAUCCGUUGGCUGAACUCUACAGGCACCCUUUUGCCCAAGCAGGCGAGAACACGGGGUCGUAUCGUAAAGCAUAUGACAUGUACAGUUUUGGUAUAAUUCUUGUAGAGAUUGCACUGUGGAAACGCAUUGAUGUCGUCUUGAGGUUCGACAACCUGACAACAAUGAAGCUGAGGGAGUUCCGCGCGGUGCGGGAACUGCUGCUCGGAGAAAGCCUCGACGACGCACAAGACUCAAUAGUGCCGGAUACUCCCACGUUGUCAACGCAGUCGCCAUGUCUGCAGAGGGUCUCAAACAAGUGCGGUGACUCGUUUCGCGACAUGGUCAAGAUAUGUCUUGCUGCCGAUGAAGUAGAGCAGCCAGCGUAUGGUGGGGAGUCAUAUUCCUCGCGGAGCCAGAGAUUGAGAACGAUGUUCGAUGAGCAAGUGUUGGGUCGCCUUCGGGCAAUAGAAGAAGCUUUACGGGGCGUGCCUUGA